UUUCCUCGUAAUCAUUUAACCUUAAUAAACAACCUUUUUUUCUUUGUAACAGUCGUUUUAUCCAUCUCUAAUCUUGAUUUCCCCAAGAUCAUCACCUCUUUAAUUCGGUUGUUACAAAAGAAUUUAGUUUUCAUUUCAUAAUAAUCCUCUUUUUUUUUUUAAUAAUUAGUUGUUAAUCACCAUCAUUAUCGUCAUGGGUUUUCUUGAUAAGCUCUGGGACGAAACGGUUGCCGGCCCGGCGCCGGAGUUCGGGCUCGGAAAACUGCGCAAGUACAAGACGUUCAACGGCCGGCCCGCCGGCGUGACGCCUCUGUCUGUAUCUUUCGGUGAUACUCCCGCCUCGGGCCCCGCCACACCCGCCGCCGAUGAUCAGAUCCCGGUUUCUCGGAGCAUUUCUAUCCUCCGCCGCAACAACUCCGUUUCCCCUGGCUGCCACGCCGCCGAUUCUCCCGGCUCCGGCCCAUCUUCCCCGGCCACCUCUACCCCUUCCACCAGUACUCCCACCUCCCCAUUUUCACCGAGUACACCUAGUGGGAUUAAUCAAAAGAAAUUUGCAAGGAGGAAUACAACUCCAACUGGUUACGACUGGAUUGUUUUGAGUGCUUUGGAUCGCUGAACGAUUUCGGGCCAAAAAGACAAGAAUUUCGAGAUCAGUUGAAACCCUUUAUUACUUUUUGCUGAUCUUGAGGUGAUCGAUGUGUCCUUUGUUUUCCUUUUUUUUUUUCCUGCUUAGGAAAAAGGUGUUUUCUCGAUUUCGUUAGAUUGAAGGCGGGUUGAGAAGAUUUCUCAUGUAAA